AUGGCUAACACUCCUGAAAAUCCUUCAUCCCCACCCAAGGAAAUCACACCCACACCAUCUAUCACACCUUCAAACACACCUCUGUCUAAGAAAGGAAGAACUAAGAUGCUUGCUCGCAAGACUGGGGAAGAAACGGUUUAUUCUGAAACUGAACAUGUAUCUUUUAUCCCUAAAGCUACUCCUGAGACAAUUGCUGAAGUUGAUACAAAUUUGGAAAAUAGGUUUGUGCUGGUAGGGUCUAUAGCAGUUAUUGAAACUACAGAGUCUGGAGAAGUUGGUGGUAAAAAUAAAAAGGAAAAAUCAAAAGAGAGCAAGGGAGUUAGGAGUGGUGUGAGGGGAAAGGACACAAGUGCAAUGGUUGUUUGGGAAGAGAAAUCUGUUGGAGUAAACGAGAGUGUACAGAAAAUAGGGAGAAGUAGGUCUGGCAAAACAGCUGAAGGGCUUGUUCAACUUGGGAAAAAUAGAGAUGAACCUGGUUCAUCUGUAGAGGAAACCCUUGCAGACCUAUUGAAGAAAGUGACUGAGAGCUAUAAUCCAAAGAAUAAAGGAAUUUCAAAGGCUAAAACCUCUGGCAAUGGUAGGGAAAAUAAGAAAAGGAAGGCUCCUCCUUCUGUUACUGUUGAAAUUCCUCCCACACAAGGAAGAGCCACAAGAAGUCAGCUAAAGCAGAAUGAGGCAAAACUGCAGAAAGCCUUAGAAGAAAGUAGAAGAAAAAUAGUUGCUAAGGGAAAGAAGAAGAUGGAUGAGCCUGUUGAGGCUAUUGAUAUUGAUGAGAUGGACUUGGUCCUUCGAGAUGAAGAAGACAUCGAAGAAGUGGAGGUUCUGACUCCCAAAGCCAAGACUUCCACUAAGAAGUCUGAAUGGAGUGGAGAGAAAGAAGAUGAUUCUGACACUGAGAAAGACAAGGUGGCCAAGUUUGGCAAGAGGACAAUUUUGAAGGGUAGACUACUCAGGGACUUGAAGGAGAAAGGAAUGGUGUUGCUUUUGGAGAAGUUGGAGUUACAAGGCUGGAAGGACAUGGUUCUUUAG